GGGCCUCCCCCCUCCCCUUUCCUCCCCCUCUUAUUUCCCCUCCCCUCGCGCCCCCCUCCCACCGCCAUUGUGCCUCUCGUGGGCGCGAGGCGGCGGGCCCGGGCCAUAGAGGCGGGCCGGAAGGAGAGGCGAGGGGGGUGGCUAGAGCGUCGCCCCAGCCAGGCAGCAGCCGCGGGCGAGUCGGAGUCCGCCAGGCAGCCGCGCCGCGCCCCGCACAAAGCCGCCACCCGCCGCCGAGCCAUGUCGGCCAGCAGCCUCCUGGAGCAGAGACCCAAGGGCCAAGGCAACAAAGUGCAAAACGGAUCCGUGCAUCAGAAAGAUGGGUUAAAUGAUGAUGACUUUGAGCCCUACCUGAGUCCCCAGGCCCGGCCGAACAAUGCCUAUACUGCAAUGUCCGAUUCCUACCUACCCAACUACUACAGUCCCUCCAUUGGAUUCUCCUAUUCCUUGGGUGAAGCCGCCUGGUCCACGGGAGGAGACCCACCCAUGCCCUACCUGACCUCUUACGGACAGCUCAGCAACGGGGAACCCCACUUCCUCCCAGACGCGAUGUUUGGGCAGCCGGGGGCCCUGGGCAGCACUCCAUUUCUCGGGCAGCACGGCUUUAACUUCUUUCCAAGUGGGAUUGACUUUUCAGCUUGGGGGAAUAACAGUUCUCAGGGACAAUCCACUCAAAGCUCUGGCUACAGCAGCAAUUACGCCUAUGCCCCCAGCUCGCUGGGUGGAGCCAUGAUUGAUGGGCAAUCGGCCUUCGCUAACGAGACUCUCAACAAGGCUCCUGGCAUGAACACCAUUGACCAAGGAAUGGCAGCUCUGAAGCUGGGCAGCACGGAUGUCGCAAGCAGCGUGCCAAAAGUCGUUGGUUCGGCUGUUGGUAGUGGAUCCAUUACCAGUAAUAUCGUGGCAUCUAACAGCUUGCCUCCAGCUACCAUCGCUCCUCCGAAGCCAACCUCCUGGGCUGACAUCGCUAGCAAACCGGCUAAGCAGCAGCCCAAGCUGAAGACCAAGAAUGGCAUUGCAGGUUCAAGUCUUCCGCCGCCUCCGAUAAAACAUAACAUGGAUAUUGGAACUUGGGAUAACAAAGGGCCGGUGGCGAAAGCCCCGUCGCAGGCCUUAGUUCCGAAUAUUGGUCAGCAGCCGGCCCAGGUGUCCCCGCAGCCCGUGGGCCAGCAGAUCAAUAACAGCCCGCCGGUGGCCCAGGCUUCCAGCGGGCAGCAGCCCCAACCGCUGCCGCCACCACCGCAGCCGGCCCAGCUGCCUGUGCCGCAGCCCGCGGCUCAGCCCACCCGCUGGGUUGCCCCUCGUAAUCGCAGCAGUGGGUUUGGGCAAAACGGAGUGGAUGGUAACGGAGUGGGACAGUCUCAGGCUGGUUCUGGUUCUGCUCCUUCAGAGCCGCACCCGGUCUUGGAGAAGUUGAGGUCCAUCAACAACUACAACCCCAAGGAUUUUGACUGGAACCCAAAACACGGCCGGGUUUUCAUCAUUAAGAGUUACUCUGAGGACGAUAUCCACCGUUCCAUUAAAUAUAACAUCUGGUGCAGUACAGAGCACGGCAACAAGAGACUGGAUGCCGCCUAUCGCUCCAUGAACGGGAAGGGCCCUGUUUACUUACUGUUCAGUGUCAACGGUAGCGGUCACUUCUGCGGAGUCGCAGAAAUGAAAUCUGCUGUGGACUAUAACACGUGUGCGGGGGUGUGGUCCCAGGACAAGUGGAAGGGACGUUUUGAUGUCAGGUGGAUUUUUGUGAAGGACGUUCCUAACAGCCAACUCCGGCACAUCCGCCUAGAGAACAACGAGAAUAAACCAGUGACCAACUCCAGGGACACUCAGGAGGUGCCUCUGGAAAAGGCUAAGCAGGUGUUGAAAAUCAUUGCCACCUACAAGCACACCACCUCCAUCUUCGAUGACUUCUCACACUAUGAGAAACGCCAAGAGGAGGAGGAAAAUGUUAAAAAGGAACGCCAAGGCCGUGUCAAGUAAAAGGCCAUUCCUCCCAGAGACUGCAGCAGAGAUCGCAUCCUGGCUGUCCUUCAGAGAAAGAAAGAAGGAGCAAAAAAUAUCCUGGAGAGAAUUAGGACUUUUUUUUUCUUAAUUUCAUUGACUUCAAAAAGACUGACAAACUCGCAGUUUAAAAAACAAACAAAGUAUUGGAAUUUCACGAGACAUAGGACUUAAAAAACAAAAACAAAAAAAAAAUCCCUUCUAGAUAGAGUAUAGGUAAAAACUGUUCCCUUUCUUUUGGCUUUGGUUGUGAUUUCAGAGCAUACGCUUUGUUUUUUGUCUUUUUACUAUGUUUUUUUGGAUUUUAAAGUCCGUAAGUGGCAUAUACCUUUUUUUUUCUCUCUAAUUUUUAAACCCUGCCGCUUCUCUCCCUUCCGCCCCCUCGCGCCUCCUUCCCCUGGUUUUGACAUUUGCACUUGGAACACCCGAGUUGUAAUAUCCACCACAGAAAGUGGAGGAACCUUUUCUUUUUCUUCCCCCCCAUCCCAGCCUGGAAGAGGAGGAAUUCUAGGAGGCAUUUGGGCUUUUGCCCUAAGAAGAGUUGAAGAGAAAUUGUCCACGAGGUUGUGUCUUGAAGGUGGUUCAUUUUUUCUCUGACCCUUUGUUACUCAAAAGUCAAGUACUAGGAGUCCUAAGAAACGUUCUGUUCUUGUGCAUUAUGCGGAUUUACUGAUUAAGUCUGGAUUAAUUUGAUUUGAAAGCUGAGAACAGUGGUUAAAAAAAAAAGAAAACUUGUUUUGUUUACAGGAAAAUGAAUUUUGGACAAAAGAAAAAAAAAAGGAAAAGAAAUAUUGUAAAACGUGUAGUGAAUAUGUUUCUUCAGUUUCUUGUUAAGCCAAUGAGGAAUGGGUGUUGCCUUUCUUUUCACCAUUAAUCACUUCUCAAUAAUAAACGUGAGAUCCUGUUGAGCAUCACUGUUGUCUGCUGCUCCCUCUGCAGCGCUACCUGCUCUCACACGCCCCUCGGUCUUUCCCCAUUGCACGGAGUGAUUAAUACCUUAAAUUAACGAGUGAAGCAGAGUGCUGGGACCCAUCUCCAGGCAUCUUCAGCUUAUUCCUGGCACGCUGGAGUUGGUUUUGCUCCGUGGUGUUGGCAGAGCCCCUGCCUGCCCUCCCCAGGGGGAGACGGGCAGUGUUUGGCUGGCUUUUUUUCCCUAUUUCACGGGAUUAUCCAGCGGCUUCCAGGUGGGUGUGAAAUGCAGGCACCUACUUGCAUCCCCGAUCAUCUACCUUGGGAAAACUGCUUGAGGUCAAGGAAUCAAAAAUCCAGGUUUUUUUGAUUUCUUCUGGCGGUUCAGAGGGAAUAAAAGAUCCACAAAGGAAUCUGCUGUCUGAGCAGCGAUGUUGCUUUAAUUGUCGUCAUCCAGAAGAGCUCUAAUUUCAUUAUCCCAAUUAUUGAAUUGCAUUGGGAAACGUCUGGGAGCGCUGGCUUCUGCUUUCCUCACCCCGUGUGGAACAUUGGCCUGGGGAGCGCUGCUUUCCCCUUGCCUCGAUCCCACACCCAAAAGUCUGCAGGGUUUUUGUUCUAUUCUCUCUUCUAAAAAGCAAACAAACAAACCAACCCCAGCUCCAAACAGCCCAGUCUGUGUCGCGUGAGGACCUGGAGGUGGUUUGGGUGGGUGUCUGUGGCCGUUUACAUUUUAUUGGCAUAUUUAACUUGUUUUUCUCCGUAAGAAUUUCUGUCCUUUUAAUUCUUGGAUGACUUUGGCCUCUGAGCUGCCCUAAACUCCAAUUCCUUGCUGGUGCCCCCAUGUGUUCUCAGAGCCCGUGCUGUUUGCCGAGUGGGAGGAAAUAAGGGCAGAAAGUUUGAUGUUAUUAAAGG